UAAACUCAUAGUAUUCAGAGUUCUUCAGACACGCAUCUUACCGUUGUAACAUUAAUCAUUAUACUUUACACCCAAGAAACCCAUAACCCCAAGAACCAGCUCGCCUCACAUCACAGCAAAAAUGUCAUCCUCAGCACCACCCCAACCCCCAACAUCAGAAGCCUACAAAACAGCCUCGAACCCGACAACCCGCACCCCAGCCGAAAACGCAGCAGCUCAAGGUGAUGCCACCGACCGCGAAACCGCCGCGCGCGACGCAGUGCUAGGCCGCACGCCCUUCCCGCAAUCUCAAUCACGCUCCGUCGACGACGCGACGCCGAGUUCGCUGGGCGCAGGCGUGCACUCCUCCGGCCCCGUGGACGAGACGGAGAGGCGGAAUACCGCGUACGUGACUGAGGGCAGCAGAGGAAAAGAGCUGGAGAACCCCAACGUCGAGGCCGAGCAGAUGGCUACGCUGGCGGAGGGAAAGGUUGCUGAUGCGGUUGAGAGGAAGAGUGGUACGCAAAAGGUGCCGGGGCAGGAGGUUGUCAAUGUGGAGUUUGGGAGUGGGAUUGAGGAGAAGAAGAAGGAGCAGCAAGAGGCAAGAGAUGCAAUUAAGAAGGCGAGGAGCGAGGGGGCGGAUGUUGACGGUGGUAUUGGAGAGCGGUCGUGAAGGAAGGAGCGUCUUCGAUAGUAUGUGUAAGGGAAGCUGCCAAUUCUGCAAUGUCCAUCGAGGAGUUGCCAUGAGUACUAAAAAAGAUAAUUCAAUAAAUAGACUCACGCAAACCACAAAAAGAAUCACUCAACCAACAUCCACUCAAAAGAAAUAAAAAGAUUUGUUCUCCCCUUCCAGAAUCGAACU